AUGGCCAUCUCCAUGUUUUCGCUGUUCCUCGUUCUGGUCGCGGCCGCCGGACCCCUACUUUAUAAUGCCGUCCGUCAUCACCUCACGGUCCUAGGAGUAUAUCGAAGCCCUACUUUUGUAUCCUCGAACCAAGGUAUCCACAAAAUCCCGGAUACCCUGCAGUGCGAAGACAUACACUACUAUACCCCGGGUAACCUUAUAUUUGCGGCAUGUGAGGAUUCAGUGCUUCCUCGCUUCCAAUGGUUCCCUCCUCUCGACCAUCUAGACAAACCACCAGAAACACCUGGGUCCAUUCACAUCAUUGACCCGCAGACACUGAAAUCAUCUCGUCUUACUUUCGAAAACUUUCCGGGUUCCUUUGUUACACACGGGAUCGAUGUGAUUCAGGAUCCUGACCGGUCAGAUGCGGUCUAUAUCUUCACCGUGAACCACUUGGGAAAUCCCGAUUAUCAGGCAGAUACGGGCGUCCACAAGGCACGGUCACAGAUCGAAGUCUUCCAUCACAUUUUGAAAACGAGCACAGUUCGCCACGUUCGCUCUGUCCGCCAUCCGUUGGUGAAAGCACCAAACGAUCUAUACGCAACUGACCCCUACUCAUUCUAUGUUACCAAUGACCAUUACUAUCUCGGCGGAUAUAUGCGGCUUUUGGAGAACUUUGUGCCAUGGAUUAAAUGGACCAACGUGGUUCAUGUCCAGCUUGAUCGUAUCACGACUAGCGAUGAAACUGCUGGUGUCAACGCCACCGUGGCAUUGCCGAACUUGUGGGCAGCCAACGGUCUUGGCCAUGGCCAGUCGGACGAGGAGAUACUUGUAACCAGCGUCCUAGGAGGGACCAUGUGGCGUACCCAAGCAAGCAACGACCACAGCCGAACGCUAUCCAUCCAAGACGAUAUAUCGGUCGACAGCAUAAUUGACAAUCCCAGCUACUACGAUGAUCCCUAUCGAACAGUAGAUGACGACGCUAGUGGUUACGUCUUAGCUGGUCUCAGACGAGCUAUUGACCUUCCAAAGACGCACCAUGACUCAACAGCCACAGAAGGCGUUAUCGUCUGGUAUGUCCGGCGAAGCAAGGAUGGCACAGGAUGGGAAAAGCGUGUGAUCUUUGAAGAUGACGGGUCCAGCAUCCGCUCUGCGAGUGCUGCAGUUCUCGUACCCAUAAAGCCGGCCAAGGGAGCGGCUCAAAAAGAGGCAUGGCUAUUUGUAACGGGGUUCGUCUCCAACAACGUGAUUGCCAUCAAGGUCCAGCUGUAA